AUGCGAGAGCUAAUUCGCGCUUUUGGCGCUGCUUGGCUUACGGUUCUUGCUGUAAGCAAGGCUGUCAUCCAACCAUUUCCCUUCACCGAUGCGACUCACUUACUCAGCAAUGCAUCUUCGCCACGAAUCGCAGUCCCUUUCGGCAGUCUCGAGGGUGUCAAAUUCUCUGAGCCUUCACUGGUCCAAGCUGCUGGAUUCAACUUUGAUCCAAACAACAUUGCCAACGACGCAACGUGGACUAAGUACACAAAGAAGGGUGAGUGGUAUGGUUGCCUAUUGGAUAUGACGAUCGAGCAAGCUGGAAAGGGCUUGAAAGAUCCGCGAACACCACCAUUUGCUGAGUCUAAGUGGCAGGGAGACUUUCGGAACGAGGUUUCAAAAUGGGGCUGGCGUGAAGGCUUCUACGAGCCCGCAAUCUUCUGCGACUUCCGCGAUGACCCGAACUUGCAAGUAAAGAACAAGAUCAGCACCGCCCUGUUAGAACUUGAAUUGAGCCUGCUCCCUGUUGGUAGAGGAGGAGACAAUGAAUGCUACUCCAUCGAACACUUUCACGAGGACUUAGUCGACGAAGAGGGCUACGAAGUGCCCAUCGAAGAUCAGUCAUACGAUGUUGAUAACCAGGAGUACCCGUGUACGGGCGCAUACUACCGGUUCGCUGUGAACAAGAAAGGCGGAGCAAUCUUCGCACAGGACCUCCUGAAACCUCAAAUCGCCGCUGACCGAAACAUCGAUGAAGAGGUCUUGCCGGAGGAACUACCUCAAAUCUCCCGUGCUUCGGACAUUAUGUGGUUGUACUGGUACCGGAACAAUCCCACACCGCGGGAACUACACAGCUACUUCGUCAACCACGUCCAGAACAGCGACACCCUCCAGCUCGUCGCCCGCAUCCUGAAAAACCACGGCAUGGCUAAAGUACCCUACUGGCCUGGACUACAGCUCACGAUGGGUGAGCCCGCACUCGAGGCCGAAGCUCUCCUAGGCUCCCCUCUUGGUGCAAGCCUUUCGCACUUGCUCUUCCAGCACAAAACCGCCCUGGGCGUCAAGAAUAUCGAGGCAGUUGUCAUAUUCAGGGAUAAUUGGCCAGAGCCCGAGCCAAAUGCGCCGCACCCCGUUUUCCCAGAAGUGCAGAUCUUGUUCAAGAUCAUCGAUGUGCCUGAUGACGAGCUGAUUGACGAGGAUAUCGAGAUGCCGGAUGCGGGUGGCGUAGUGGGAAGGCGCACGGUCAGCUUUCUGUAUGAGGGAAAAGGGAAUGUGGUGAGGGAGCAUAGGGUUGUUGUGAGGCUGGGUGCGAAGUGA